AUGGAGUGUGAGAAGUGUCCUUGUCAUCACGAAAGCAAUGAGAAUGCCAUUCUCUACAUGCUGCUCAGUGAGAACUUGACUCACCACAAGGGUAGCCGUGGCUCUUCCCAACAACGCUGCUUGUGCCAUAAGCGCCGUGCCGUUUGCCUUCAGACCCCACAAGCCACCUGCCAGGCAGCUUCUGACGUCUUGGUGAAGACCAUCAGCUUCAUGAAGAACCUGCCUUCUUUCCAGCUCCUGCCUUGGGAAGAUCAGCUCUUACUGCUGGAUAGCUGCUGGGCUCCCCUAUUCCUUCUGGGCUUGGUGCAGGAGAUGGUGACUUUUGAGGUUAUGGAAACCCCUGUACCCAGCAUGCUGGAGAGGAUCCUUCUGGAUGGCCAGUGCAAGAGACAGGAGCUGCAGCGGGUGCAGCCCACCUUGGCCAGCGUGCAACGCCUCCAGUGCUGCUUAAACUCUUUCUGGAGCCUAGACUUGAGUCCUAAAGAAUACGCCUAUCUGAAAGGCGCAAUUCUGUUCAACCCGGACAUUCCAGGUCUCCGGGCUUCCUCGUACAUUGAGAGCCUCCAGCGAGAAGCUCAGCAAGCACUCCAACAAGUCCUAGGGCUUCUCCACUUGGAAGAUCAAGGUCGAUUUGCCCGAGUCCUGCUGAGUUCCUCCUCCUUGAGGUCCAUUCCCCCAGCUCUCAUUACCGAUCUUUUCUUCAAGCCCAUCAUUGGAAAGACAGACAUUCUUGAGCUCUUAAUAGAAAUGCUGCUGAUGAAAUAG